AAACAUUGCAUGUGUCACUGUCUGACUGACCGAGUGGAAACUAUAGUUGUUGUUAACCACAGAGUGCUAUGUUAUAAUAUCUAAGGACUGUGUGUAAAUAUAAUAGGAAUAAAAAAAUACACCUAGUAUUUCAUACCCUAGUGCAAGUAUUGAUUUUUCAUCGAGGUGCGCCGAGCGCCGAGGGAGGUAGUGUACUUUCUGAACUUCCAGUUACCUGGAGGCAGCUCACACUACUCGUGCGUUAAAUAGUGUAUUUCAGAAGGCACAAUGGAGAAAGGUUGGAAUCCGCCUCCAUAUGGGUGGGGUAACGCGCACACGACUCAGCCACCACCGGCCGCGCCUCCCAGCUACUCUCAAGCGGUUGGGGGUGUUGGACCUUCCAGCCCUUACACACCACAGUACCCACCAUCUUCUGGACCUUCCAUAGUGACGACAGUGGUGCCAGUGGGUCCCCACCCGACUCAUAUGAUCUGCCCCAGCUGCCAUGCUGAAAUUGACACGGCUACUCAAACGAAACCUGGACUGAUUGCUUACAUUUCUGGAGCCAUCAUAUUCCUUUUAGGAUGUUUUCUGGGAUGUUGCCUCAUCCCCUGCUGCAUCGACAGUUGCAUGGAUGUGCAUCACAAAUGCCCUAACUGCGCAGCCUAUCUAGGCCGGUACAGACGAUAAACAUCUCAAGCUGCAGUUUAUGAAAUGAAGAAAGAGGGGAAACCUUCAAAGAUCUGUAUCAGAAUCCUCCAUUACACCCUGCCUAUUUUAAUUAGCUUUUUUUAAUAUUAUCGAUGUUAUUCCCAUAUGAAAGAAGACUUAAAAAAACUUGUUACAUGGAUAGAGGUGAUAUUACAGCGUAUUAUUCUCGUGAGCCAAGUCUAAAGCCGCGCGCGCUACUGCGAUUUUUUAUAACAAAUGGCUGUUACCUGGAUCUGGCAUUUAGCGAUUGUUUUAUUGUUUUGUGCUGAAGAAUACUUGGCUGCGAGAUUGACUAUGUAAUCAGCAUUUUCAAAGUAUUUUGAUACAAAAUUCUACCAUAUGGGAAUACCAUCAGAAUUUGUUGACGUAGUUAAUGAAAAUAAUUUAUGAGUUACGUGAUUUUUUUUGUAAUUUAAGUACAAGCCAUGGUAUGUUUUACGCAGUUUUUCUUUAGUGCCAAAAUGGUCUUUCUCAUGGCCCCAUAGCAUAAUUCUCGUUUAACGUACACGAUUUUAAUAAUAUUCUAAAUGUUUAACUGCCUGUAGGUAUUCCUUUGCGCGUUACUGUAUGUGCGGUACGGUGCAAUUAUUAAGUAUAUAAUAAUAUAUUUACAUGUCUCUAUUGACAGCACUAUAUAUCAUCACAUUUGGAACUUAAAAACUGAAAUUGGCUUUAUGUAUUGAAUAUUUAAAGUGGUAUACGUAAUUCUAUAGUAGCAGUAGAUAUUAGGCGAUAUUUGUAAUAUUGAGAAUCUACGUAUAUAAGUGUACUGAAUGUGUCGAUCUUGUUACCCAGUAUUAAUAAAGUGAUCCACCUUCUCUUAACAGUUAGUGGUUAAUUUGACUAGCCACUUAGAUUUACUUAAAUGAUUUAUCACAUUUGGACUUCCCAGAUAAUUCAAUAUCUUUCGAUGUUUUAGAAAUACAAGGAUCUAAUAAGCAUUAAUUACAUUUUAGUAAUUUUUAAUUUUGAUAGAAGAAGAUUCAUAUAUGUAAUAUUAUAUGUACCUUAUGGUUAGGGAAAACAAUUGUUACCAACAUUUAUUAACAUUAAUGUUAGGCAAGUAAGUAGUAUUUAUAUUAAUUUGAUUUGAAUAAUACUGUUGUUUUUAUGCAGCUAUAUAAUAUUUAAAGCAUAAUAAUUUAAGGUUGACAAAAUGUGUUUUUGGUUACCUUGGCACGCCGGCUUAACUUAAAUCUAGUUUUAUUAUGUAUGAAUAGGGAAUACUAUUGAGCUUGAAGUUUACAAAAUGAUUGUUGAUUUACGUAAAUAUAUUUACGUAAUACGUCUCCUACUGCCGACAGCAUUUAGCCGUAAUGGCAUCAUAAUGAAUGUUCUUUACACCUUCAUCACAAUUUCCAGUGUUUAGGCAUGUAAUCUCGAUUUAUUUUAAGUACCUCUAUGACAGCUACGUACAGUGAUUUGAUAUUAAUAUAUUGUAUUUUGAAGAUUCUCUUACAAGUAUUUUCAUAAUUCGAUAGGAAUUAGGGAGCAUGCUUCUGAGAUACGAAUACUAUCUAUAUUUUAAUGAAAUUGAUUUCUCUAUUCAAGCAUUUUACAUUUUUAUAAAUAUAUUUAAAAGUAACAAAAUUUCUUAUACAUAUGAUUUAAACACUAUUUUCUUAUGGAAUUAUUAAUAUUGUACUACAUAUAUAAAAAUAUUUUUUUCUAUGUAAUAAUUUUUGAAUUACAUACUUAUAAAGAAUGAUGGUCUGUCUUAACAAAAAAUAAAUGUUUUAUUGAUGUCUAA